AUGGCCGAUGUAGCUGCGGGUGUCUUUGACUUCACGGAACUCACAGAGGAAGCUCAGGAGAUCGCUCAGGACGCCGUCGGCAAGGUGUUGGAGGGGAGGCGAUACUCCCACCGAAACGUGGGAGAUUGGACAGACACCAUCACAGCUCGCUGCAUCACGGGGCUGACAAGGUUAUGUGAAAACUUCAAGUUCGGGGUAAGCUGCUUACUGGUGGAGCGUAUGCAACAGCGAACAUCGGCACAGGUGGAUUCAACAACCGCCGCUUUUUGGGACCCGAGAGCCGAUGGGGCCAGCACUGUUCGCUGGGAAAAUGAGACCAUGGCGUGCGUGAUCACCAUCUUCGGCAUUGCAAUUUAA